AUGCCAACCAUGGCGAGCGGCGGAACUGAUAUUGCCCAUAGCAUACGGACUGGUGACGGACACACAGGCGGAGGGCGUGACGGUCAUGGCUCUUCUCAUGCGUUCAUAGCGGCGGGCUUCUCACUACAGAUGUCUGGCUCUAAGCCCGAUCAGCCUGGCAGCGGCGGUGUUCCAAACGACGACGGAGUUAUCCAGAAUGAUACCCCCGUGGUGGUGAUGGCCGCCGAGGUGGUAAGCGCGGCCGUGGCGGUCGUGGCGGGGGUGCUCCUGCCCAAGCAAACGUUUCCGCCGCCGCCAUGCAAGUUGGGACCUCCUCAAAUGCGGGACUUAGCUCCUUCGAUCGUGUUAUCAGUGGAUUGA